ACUAAGAAAAAGUGACUUGCUGUUUGUUUACCAUUGUGUCCCUGAUAAAAUACUUGUCCUUUUCAUCUCCCUGUCUGCUUACAUUCCCCCGAUCCUCCUCGCCACAGUACUGAAGGGAACAUCAGUGUGUGUGUGUGUAUGUGCAGUUGACAUCACUAAGGGUCAAUUAAAGAGAGUAAAUAUUUUGACUCUAGAAAGAAAUGAUGUCCAGGUAGGGCAUUAGAAGUUCAUACAAUUUGUCACCUGUGUGUGGCUGCAUCGCCUCCACGCCCACGCCAGCCAUGUCCAGGGGCGUGGUGGGUGUGGUGGUGGUGGUGAGUGUGGUGGCAGUGGUAGUAACUACAUCCUCCUGCCCUGUGGUGAUGCAAACUAGCGGACAGGUGGAGCGGCGCCUCAUGAACGGGGGCUUCCACAGAGACCUGGAGACAACUGUGUUCUUGUCGUCCCCAGAAGACUUGGAUUCCUGUGUGGUGCUUUUGAAGGAGACUUAUCCCCCUGGCUCCUAUGUUGACCCCCACCAGCUGGCCUUCCUCCGAGCCCUGGGGGGACCUGACUUCUAUGUCCCCCAGAUGAUCAACGUGGAGACACCAGAACACCAAUCGCCUCGUGUGAUUGCUUAUUUCUUCACCCACGUCGAGGAGAUGACUGACGGGCGCUGGCUGGCUAACAUCACCAUCCCUAUCCACUUCCGCUAUCACAGGGCAUGGAGCGGACAGAAUCACCCAUCCCUGGAGGCUCAUGUGCACAUCCCUCACCCCGCCGUGCUGCUCCACUGUGAGGCAGGGGUGUCCGACGCCUGCAGCCCCCUUGUGCACCUGGAGCCUUGUCCACCUGCCGGCCCUCAGCUGUGUCAGUGGCUGCCUGUGCAUACCUUCAGUACAAGCGAGGGAGCAGUGGCGUCAGUUCCUGUUGGCAACACUGACUUGCUGGACACGGUGUUGCUCACCACCACCUGCCUGACCGCUGCUGCCACCCUGCUCAUCCUGGCCGCCCUUGCCAAGAAAACGCCCCCCACACCACCCAUGCUGUCGUCAUCAUCAGGCCCUGUGCCACCGCUGUCUUAGGGCAUCAUGUCUUACUUGCUGUCUUGCCUUGCCUUCCUUCUAUUAUCUGUUUUCUCUGUUUUCUUCUUUUUUACUGUUCUUUCUAAUGUCUGUUUCUUUUUCUCUUUGUCUACUGUCUUUUUUCCUCUUUUUCCCCUUGUUUGUUGUCUCUUUUCCUCUAUUUCUGUUCCCUUUUUCUUUUCUCUUUUUCUUUUCCAUUUUCUUUUCUUCUUUUUCUUUUCUAUUUUCUUUUGCUCUUCUCCCAUUUUCUACUCACUUUUCCUUUCUCCACUUUUCAUUGUUUUUUACUAUUUUUUCCUCUAUUUUUUACUCUUUUCUUCUUUUUCUACUCUCUCUUCCUCUUUUUCUCUACUUUAUUUUAUCUCUCUUCUCUUCUUUUUCUGUCUUCACCUUAUUUCUCAUUUUUCUUUUCUUUAUGUUUUCCUCUUCCUUGUUUCUCUUCCCUUCCUUUUACUUUUCCUUAUCUUUCUUUUUCUCCUUACCUCCUAUAUUCUCUCUCUCUCUCUCUCUCUCUCUCUCUCUCUAAGUGGUAGUUACAGCUCUAUUAACUAAGGAAACUGUCUCUUCAGUAGACUAACAUAUGUGCCAAUGUUAGAAAUUAUUAGCAGAAUAGCUGGCUUCCAUUACAUUCUUUUCCGCUAACUUUAAAUCCGCUUCCCAUAAAAAUUUGGUAUGUUCCAGUCUUUUUUCUUUCUUUUUCUUCCUCUACCUUUUUUUUUUUUUAGCAUUUGGUUAUUUCUUCUUUCUCCUCUUGAUUCUACACUUGAUUCUACAUCCUCUUUCAUCUCUCUCUCCUUCUUCUCUUCCUCCUCCUUUUAGCUCAGUUUUUAUUUUUCUCUUUUCCCUCCCAUCUCUCCUUUCUCUGCCAUAUCACUUUACUGUCACAAAUUUGUCUUUCCCUUUUGUACUGACUCUCCCUCCCCAUCCUUCCCCUAUUUUUCUGCCAGUCGUAUUAUUAGUACUGUACUAUCUAGUCAUGCCCCCUUUGUUGUGGGUUUAUUGUACCUUGGUGUUGUUGAUUUUUGGUUUGUUUUGCUUGGAGGGAGUUGGUGUGUUGUUUAAUAAUGAGUGGUAAAUAAAUGUACAUCAGUUGUU